GCCUCUGCCUCUGUCUGUCUCCCCCUCCCUCUCCCUCUCCCUCUCCCCCUCUCUCUCCCUCUCUUUCUUUUUCUCUGUAGGGUAAACAAAGAGCCCCUCCUGCACCAAGUGGGGAAAGACCCAUCAUUUAAACAUACCCGCACAAACGCUACGAAGGCUCUCUGCCUCGGGAGACAGCAACAACUAGGAGCAAAAUGCCUCUGGUCCGAUCCCUUUCGGUCACUUCUCUCAACGGUCUUCCACAAUGGGACGGUGAAGACUUACCAGUAGAAGACCUUUUGCUCUUCGAAGUCUCCUGGGAAGUCACCAAUAAAGUUGGUGGCAUCUGCACGGUGAUUCAGACCAAAGCCAAAACCACGGUUACGACAUGGGGGGAGAAUUACUUUCUCCUGGGCCCUUAUUUUGAGCACAAUGUGAAGACGCAAGUGGAGCUCUGUGAACCUCCCAAUGCAGCCGUGAAGAAAGCCAUGGAUGUGAUCAAAGCCAAUGGCUACCAGGUCCAUUUUGGGAGAUGGCUGAUUGAAGGAAGCCCCUAUGUGGUGCUCUUCGAUAUCGCAUCAGCCGCUUGGAAUCUGGACCGGUGGAAAGGGGAAUUCUGGGAAGCCAGCCAUAUCGGGAUUCCUUACCACGACCGAGAAGCAAACGAUGCCCUCAUCUUUGGAUCCCUCACUGCCUGGUUUUUGAAAGAGCUUGCUAGUCAGUUUGAAGAGAAGCCCAACGUUAUAGCUCACUUCCAUGAAUGGCAAGCUGCCGGCCUCAUCCUGUGCCGGUUCAGGAAGCUUCCAGUUGCGACCAUUUUCACAACUCACGCAACCCUUUUGGGAAGGUACCUCUGUGCAGCGAGCAUAGAUUUCUACAAUCAUUUGGACCAGUUUGAUAUAGACAAAGAAGCAGGGGAAAGGCAGAUAUACCACAGAUACUGCAUGGAACGGGCCUCGGUGCAUUGUGCACAUGUGUUCACCACGGUCUCUCAGAUAACAGCCAUAGAAGCGGACCACAUGUUGAAGAGAGCAACUGAUGUUGUCACGCCCAACGGCCUCAACAUUAAAAAAUUCUCGGCGAUGCAUGAAUUUCAGAAUUUGCAUGCCACCUAUAAAGCCAGGAUCCAAGAGUUCGUUCGAGGUCACUUCUACGGCCAUCUCGAUUUCAACCUUGAAAAGACUUUGUUUUUCUUCAUUGCCGGGAGAUACGAGUUUUCGAACAAAGGAGCGGACAUGUUUUUAGAGGCCUUGUCGAGAUUAAAUUUCCUGCUCAGGGUGCACAGGAGUGAUGUCACAGUUGUUGUGUUCUUUAUAAUGCCGGCAAACACCAACAAUUUCAACGUGGAGACGUUGAAAGGCCAGGCAGUCCGGAAACAGCUCUGGGACACCGCGCAUUCAGUGAAGGAAAAAUUUGGUAAGAAACUCUAUGAAGCACUGCUAAGUGAGAAUUCAGCCGAAUGAUGUACCUGUGCAAUCUUCCUUCUUUUUUUUAUAGGAUGUGAGACCUCGUUCUUUAUGUGUUUUAUAUACCGAAGAUGAUUUGAUUUAGUAAUGAAUAUAGCAUAGACGUCAGCUGCCUACAUAUCCAAAGUUGUCAUCCGGAACGAGCUCCCGUGGAGAUUCGGACCCUCACCACCCU